UCCCGAAUGAGUGAGCUGGGCUCGAUCUCACACAGUUUCAAGAUAGAGGGUAAAACCACCCCUCCGUUCUCCAGGCCAGAACACCCUGAGAACAGCUCUGGGGACUCGGAGAGCUACUGCCUCUUAGAUGAGGAUUCCAUCCUGAGCGACUCCGCUGUCUCCACCGGCUACUUCCCCUGCUACAGAACGUAUGGCGAGCUCCCACGCUACCAGCCGUCCCACAGUGCCAGUUCUCAACCAGGCAACGCAGAAGGGCGGGCAGGAAGCAGCUGUGAUGCCAGCGUCCAAUGCAGCGGGUGCUCCGAGGAGGACCCGAAGGUCUCAGAUACAAGAGCCAGUGACACCACUCAGAGCUCCAAGGAUCGAGGUGAAACAUUGACCUGUGAGACCGUACCCAGCAAUCCCAACGCACCAAGCGGGGGACCACUGGCUGAAGGCAACAGACACAGACCAUCUGGGAAGGAAUUUGAAGGUCAAAAGGACAGAGAUUCUAGUCAGCAGCAUCUAGCAUUGGAGACACAAAGGGGAUUUGGUCCAGAGGUGAGUGAAAACCUGAAGGAGCCUGAAGACACCCUCACAAAGGAGGCUGCCUCUGAGUUACUCGUGCCGGGGGGCACACCCUCAUUGUCUCUGGGGAAAGACUCGGGACAGCUGCCAGGGACAGAGCCUCAGAGCAGCCUGUUGCCCAGCAAAGGCAAAGUGCCCACAUCAUUACACUCUGCAGCCACCACCAAAAAAUUGUCCCCAAAGAAACAGCAAAAGCAAUGCAGGAAGGAGGAGGAGGAGGAGGUCCGCCGUGCAAAGCUCGCCCCACUGCUGGGCCCAGGGGAUGCAGUGCCCGGGCGGAAAAGAGGCUCUCGGUUUCCAUGUGGGCACAGCCCAGAGACGGGGCACUGUGAGAUUGAAGCAUCAGGAAGUGGACCAGGAAGGAGGGCACGGGAAGCUCUCACAACGCUCUUGUCCCACAACCUCUGCAACUGCACCGGUGAAGAGCCACGAUCCACCCCCUCCCAGCUCAGCCUGCGCUCCUUGGGAAACUGGUGUACGAAAGAUCUUCAGGAGGUCAUCUACGGUUGA